ACAGGUUAGCAGUUUUCUCACCAGCAGAGCAAGAGCCAGCGUCUAUAGCAAGCAGAACACCUUGUAUCUGCUGUCAAGAUCAUUUCCUUUAGAUUAUGGAGCGAAGGAACAUUUAUUCCAUGCAAAUAACUGAUAGAGAGAACCGUCCUCCAUGCCAGCCAUCAGCUGCAUGGCCUGCGACCCUUCCAGAAUACAGACUCGAUAAGAAACUGGGCUGGCUGAAAGUCUGCCACAUUGUGACUGUCAUCAUGUUUUUUCUCAUUCUGGCUGGCCUACUGUUUGGUAUAUGUUACUUACACCAACUUCAACAAGAGGUCGAGCAAGUGAAACAGAUGAUCGAUGUAAAUCCACAAACUACAGCUCAGAAGCAAAUUGGAGCUGAGAACAUGACCAAGCCAAAGCAAGGGGUUAAAAUGGCUGCUCACCUAACAGGAAAAGCAUCAUCUAAUCAUUCCAAAAGAUUGAUGUGGGAGUCGUCUCUGGGCCAUGCAUUCACAGAUGGGAUUCUAUACAAGGAUGGAGCGCUCAUCAUCAACGAAACUGGAAAAUACUUUAUUUACACAAAAAUCUAUUUCCGUGGAAUGCAAUGUGAGACCGCCACACUGACUCAAUCUGUAAUCCAGCGUAAUGUUAAUUAUCAGAAUGAUAUGAGCUUGAUGGAAAACACCAUGCUAAACUAUUGCAGUGGCACUGGACCGUGGGCGAAAAAUACCUUUCAGGCUGGAAUAUUUCAUCUGAGUCAAGGGGUACAGCUGUUUGUCAGUGUGUCCCAUCCAAGAAUGGUUAGUACUAAUGAGUUAAUGACUUUCUUUGGACUAUAUAAGCUUUAAGUCAUACUUGUAAUAUCCAAAUGACCUCUGAACACACCAACAACGUUUGAACUUCAAGUCAUCUGACACAGGGAAGUUAAACGUUUGAUGAAACUUUGACCAUUUGUUUUUCUUGCAUACCUUUGAGAAAUUUCUAAAACAGGAUAGUAUUUGAAAUUUAAGAAAUCUAUGUAUCAUUAAAAAAGUUACCUAGCAAUUAAAAUGUAUACUGCAUGCAAUUGUAAUGUUUAUUUCCAAUUUUCAUUCCUUCCAACUUAAGCUGAAGUACAGUUCAAUGAAUGUGAAUAGCCUUUGAGCGUCUUAUGUGUGAUUAUUUUUCAUGUGAGGCAAAUUGUAUGUACUAUCAAACUAUUUUGCUUCAGGGUUGGUGAGCACCAUUCUUUAGACCCUUCACCUGAUAUUCAUCUACGACCUCGACUCAUUAACCCUUAAAGCUUUCGCCCAACAAAAAUCUAUCAAUUGCAGUGUUAAAUUGUCAGUUUAUUGGGGGAGAGAUUACCUUUUGUAUUUUCUGAUUUCAUCCCUGAAUGACCAACUCUAAGGUUCUGGUCUGUCCUACCAGAGGGAACAGCUACUCUUGACCCUGUUGAACCAUCUAGCUUCCUUAAAAAUUACAGGUAAAUCACCACAUGCUCUAGCACUACACAGCUGCCCAUUUAAUUUAACUCCUUUACCUGAGUAUCACUUUGGAGAUUCUUCAGUACAUGCCAUCCAAUGCCAGUAUAUUCUUCCUGAGGUGUUGUGCCCAGAACUGAUGUGGCAUUUAAUCAGAACCUAAUCUAACUCACUUUAGAUCAUUCUGUAAUGAUUUAUAAUGACAUUUUGUAUUGGCCUGCCAGCUUUUGAUAUGUGGGCCCUUAAAUCUAUCAGUUCUUUCACAGUUCCCAACUUUUCACAAAGUGCUUCAUAAAAGAUUAAAUGGACUGGGUAAUGUAGAGAUGGGCGCUCAUUGUAUCAAGUGCAGAUGAAGAGUGCUGAACUCCUAUGACAUUUAAAAGGUUAGUCCAUGAUGGGAUUGCCUCAGAGUAGUGCUCCUGCCACAAAAUCAAUUGUGUUGUGGCGAGUGUAGUUUUCUGAUUUCUGUUCAAUUCUUUUAACAAUGCUGGGGAGCGAAGCCUAUACUGUUGACUUGGAGGGCCUUGAUUUAGUGCUGGGUCUAGGCAGGAUGGCCAGAGUAGACACAGUGGGCCAAAUGGCCUCCUUCUUUGCUGUAAAUAUUGAUGCCUUUCUGUGAUUUGAAUGUGGGAAAUGUCAGAGGUUCAAGAUCAGUUUUGAAUUUCUCACAAAGGCAGUUGAAGCUAGAAUACAUCACUUUAUAAUGUCCCACACCUUCUUCAAGAUUCAUUUUGAAAUAGGAUUAUGAAAUCCGACUGCCUUCGCCUUUUUUUCUUCAAUAAAGGGCUAUUUUUAAGCUGUUCCAGUUUUUCUACUCUGCAGAAAGAUGUGGGGCCAUGGCCACAGAGCUUUCUUCUCUAACCCUGCCCUCAGCAGUUGACAUUCACUCAGUCUCCCAUGUAUACUUCUCUCAUACAGUGGCAUUGCUCAAUGCAUCAGUACACUGCAGGGAGAAAGUGAGCACGGCAGAUACUGGAGAUCAGAGCUGAGAGUGUGGUGCUGGAAAUGGACAGCUGGUCAGGCAGCAUCUGAGGAUCAGGAGAGUCAACGCUUCAAGAAUAAACUCUUCAUCGGAAUGCUCAAAACAUCACUUUCCUGCUCCUCGGAUGCUGCCUGACUGGCUGUACUUAUCCAACACCACACUUUUCGAAUCAGUACACUGCACCAUUGCGUGUAUCACCAUUUAGGGUACCACAAGGUAUCACACAUCAGACCUGUCCUGUGUGAACCAAGUAAUGACAUCUUUCAACAUCAAUCGUCACUCCACACAAGUGAAUGU